CGGAAAGCGUCAAAGUCAUCAAACGCCACGCCAUUUUUAACCCACUAAAUAUCUGAAACUUAAAGAAAAGCUUGCUGUUGGCUGUAUGCACGUUUUCGAACCUUUUUGCCAAGCUUCUAAAGAAGUGUACGACUGAGCUUAAAUUACCCGGACACAUCAAAAGCGAGGCAGUAUUCAUUUGUCUUGGCGAUGAGAGCAUUUCCAACUUCGAUCCUUUAUGCGGUUGUUCUGUGCCUCACAGGUAAGAUGGCAUGGGUUUGUCUUUGUUGUUGAAGAUGUUUUUGAAGGCGUAAUCUUCCUCACGUUACUUUAGAAUAACCGAACAGUUAGCGAAUACUGUUACGAGGAGAGUGAAAAACACAAAACCGAAGUAGUUGACUGCGAAGUGAGUGGUCCAAUAUAUUUAAGAAAGUUCGUUAUAAUUAAUUUUUACAAGCCCCCUCUUAGACACAAAAGAUGAUACAAACUGCAAAUGUCGGCGAACUGUAGUAAAAGCAGAAUGCAGUAAUUUGGUCAAAAUAUACGGAAGUUACUGUGAGACGGAAGUAGCGAUAGCGAAUGUAACAACAAAGCACCUUCUCCGCUUUGAAAUGUGUUAAUAAUGCGAUCGCGCUUCACCAGAGAAGUUUCUAUUGUAAUACACCGUAAAAAAGCUAUGGAAACGUUUUCGAAUUAUUCCAUAAGAAUCAAAACAAAUCAUGGCCUCAGAACAUAUUCAAAGCUUUUACUUUCGUAUGCGUGUGAAACGAAAGCUUUUUCGUAAACAACAUCUCCACAUCAACGCAGGCGAUUAGGAAAUGUUGGUUAUGUAGUAUUUUUGAAAGCUGUCAAUCACAGUGUUCGGAAAGGAGUCUUCUGUACUUGAAUUUUAUAUUUAUGUCGAUGAAAUAUCGUUGCGUUCAGAAUAGAAGUUUCAGAGUUUAUUUAAGCAUAAACACCUUAGGCAGGCCGUGACAAAAAUAUACAUGACAUGCCGUGACUCGAUGGGAAUGCAGGCCCGAGAUGGAAGAGAUGGCUAGGACGAUUCGAGAGACUAAUCAUUGGAAUGGGGAUUGAGGAAGGCAAGCAGAAAACAGCCCUGUUGCUGCAAUACGGCGGUCCAGAGGUUGACGAGAUCUUCGACACACUUCAAGGCGUCGGUGAUCACAAAGAUUACAGAAAGGCCGUAGAGAAACUAACCGCUCAUUUCUCUCUGAAUGUCAAUAUAACGUACGAAGUAAACAAGCCAAGCAAAAGGAUGGAGAAACUCUCGACAGUUUCCACUCACGUCUGAGAAACCUAGCGAAAACCUGUGAUUUUCGCAAAUCCAGACAAAGAAAUCAAAGUACAGAUUAUCUUGAACUGCUAGUCAAAUUCUCCUCCGCGCAAAGCCCGACUUAUCUGGUCUCAUUACUGAUGAUUUUCCCUUUCCUUACUACGACCAUAAAAAUACCAAGAAGUUAGCAGUAUUCCUUCCUUCAGGAACUGGACAACAUACCCCCAAAUUGGCCAAUUGUGAGCGCCGAGCAAAGAAAACCUGAGAGUCACUGUUACCCUGUCCGGCCGCAUGGCAAGUGUCGUGGCUGAACACAAUUUUAAUCGCUCAAAUUUCCCCCGUGUAAUUGACGCUUGCAAUUUCACUUGAUGAAUUGCGACCGUAUAAGCUCAAUUUUAUUUCAAUUUCUGGUCUGAUACAAUUUGAUUUUCCAGCCGAUUUUUUCAAGACAACAUAAAAAUUGGUCUGCAAUGCGACCCGGCCCUAAUUUGAAAUAAGUAAUUCAAGCCAAGGUUUUACGCCUCUCAGUGGCGUGAGAUGUUCGCUGAACAUUCCAGGACAAUCAAUUAUCGCUUCAACAACGUUAAUAAAGCUCCUCUCGGCUGAAAUGGAAAAAACAGCAACUUCCGAUAAUUACAUUUCUAAUCAUUUUCCAGAGACAACUCUACUUUGUUAGCACAUUGUCCAGAAACAAGACUCCAGAGAAAUGCCUUAAAGAACUUAACGGGUCUAAUUCGAAAUAACUAGAAACAGUGCAUGUCUUAAAGAGGACAACAGUAAAUCAAGGUUCAAGGUACAUAAAUAGUCUUGACCAAAUGUGACAGCAACAUAUAACAGGAACAAUUUAAAACACGUAAAAAGAAGUUAAGCUGAUUUCACCACCAUGAUCGAAGACCUAAGCCUAUUUAAGGCUAACUCCUACAAAACCUUCUUUAUACAGGUCAUGGUUUGAAAUUUUAAAGUCCAGAAACUGUGUCGAUUAGAUAAUCCAGAGAAUACACAUCGCUUUCAACUGACGGUCUCCCCGUUCGGUCUACAAGUUUUGGCGCAAUGCAACUAUUCUUAUAAUGACCUUUUAAGUGCGAAGGUUUUUUAACUUCUCCGAAGAUAUUACUCUUACCAAAAUCGACAAUAACAGGGUAGAAGCUGGUCUUCACGUUUCUCUCAAACAUCAUGAUUACAUUUUAGGUCACUGUGAGCAAAUUCACACUUAUGAAUAUCGUCUAACGCGACUGCCAUGUAAGGAAAGAAAGGCUUGGAAAUAACCCUCAGGUAUACACUACCCAGGAGAGUGUAGAAGAGAUUAUAAGUAACCCUCAGGUAUACACAACCCAGGAGGGUAUAGAGGAGAUUAAAAAUAACCCCUAAGCGAACACUACCCAAAAGAGUAAAGAGGAGAUUAAAAAUAACCCUCAGGUAUACACUACCCAGGAGGGUAAAAAAUAUUAAUAGUAACCCUCACGUAUACACUACCCAAGAGGGUAUAAAAAAAAUUAAUAGUAACCCUCAGGUGUACACUACCCAGGAGGGUAUAGAAGAGAUUGAAAAUAACUCUCUUGUAUACACUACCCAAGAAGGUAUACAAGAGAUUAAAAAUUAACCCUCAGGUGUACACUACCCAGGAGGGUAUAGAAGAGAUUAAAAAUAACCCCUCAGUGAACACUACCCAAAAGAGUAAAGAAGAGUAAAAAAAAAAAAACCUCAGGUAUACAUUACCCAAGAAGGUAUAAAAAAAAUCAAUAGUAACCCUCAGAUGUGCACUACACAAUAGGGUAUAGAAGAGAUUGAAAAAAACACUCUGGUAUACACUACCCAUGAGGGUAUACAAGAGAUUAAAAAUUAACCCUCAGGUGAAUACUACCCAGGAGGGUAUAGAAGAGUUUAAAAAUUACCCCCCAGGUGUGCACUACCCAGGAGGGUAUAGAAGAGAUUGAAAAUAACUCUCUGUUAUUCACUUCCCGGGUAUAAAAGAGAUUAAAAAUUAACCCUUUGGUGAAACUACCCAAAAGAGUGAAGAAGAGAUUAAAAAAAACCCUCAGGUAUACAUUACCCAAGAGGGUAUAAAAAAAAUUAAUAGUAACCCUCAGGUGUACACUACCCAGGAGGGUAAAGAAGAGAUUGAAAAUCACUCUCUGGUAUACAUUACCCAAGAGGGUAUACAAGAGAUUAAAAAUUAACCCUUGGGUUUAAACUACCCAAGAGGGUAAAGAAGAGAUUAAAUAUAACCCCUCGGUAAACACUACCUGAAAAGGGAAAGAGGAGAUUGAAAAUAACUCUCUGUUAUACACAACCCAAGAGGGUAUAAAUGAGAUUAAAAAUGAAUCCUUGGGUGAACACUACCCGAAAGAGUAAAGAAGAGAUUAAAAAAACCCUCAGGUAUACAUUACCCAAGAGGGUAUAAAAAAAAUUAAUAGUAACCCUCAGGUGUACACUACCCAGGAGGGUAUAGAAGAGAUUAAAAAUAACUCUCUGGUAAACAGAACCCAAGAGGGUAUAGAAGAGAUUAAAAAUUAUCACUUGGGUGUACACUAACCAGGAGGGUAUAGAAGAGUUUAAAAAUUAACCCUCAGGUGUGCACUACCCAGGAGGGUAUGGAAGUGAUUGAAAAUAACUCUCUGGUAUACACAACCCAACACUAUAUACACUAACAUACAGGAGAAGAGAUUAAAAAUAACUCUCUGGUAAACAGAACCCAAGAGGGUAUAGAAGAGAUUAAAAAUUAUCACUUGGGUGUACACUAACCUGGAGGGUAUAGAAGAGUUUACAAAUUAACCCUCAGGUGUGCACUACCCAGGAGGGUAUAGAAGAAAUUGAAAAUAACUCUCUGGUAUACACUACCCAAGAGGCUAUACAAGAGAUGAAAAAAUAAACCCUUGGGUGUACACCACCAAGGAGGGUAUAGAAGAGAUUAAAAAUAACCCCUCGGUGAACACUACCCAAAAGAGUAAAGAGGAGAUUUAAAAAAACCCUCAGGUAUACAUUACCCAAGAGGGUAAAAAAAAAGAUCAAUAGUAACCCUCAGGUGUACACUACCCAAUCGGGUAUAGAAGAGAUAUAAAAUUAUCACUUGGGUGUACACUACCCAGGAGGGUAUAGAAGAGAUUAAAGUAACCCCUCAGUGAACACUACCCAAAAGAGUAAAGAGGAGAUUUAAAAAAAAACCCUCAGGUAUACAUAACCCAAGAGGGUAAAAAAAAGAUCAAUAGUAACCCUCAGGUGUACACUACCCAAGAGGGUAUGGAAGAGAUAUAAAAUUAUCACUUGGGUGUACAUUUACCAGGAGGGUAUAGAAGAGUUAAAAAACUAGCCCUCAGGUGUACACUACCUAAAAGGGUAUAGAUGAGGUUAAAACUAAACCUCAGGUAUACCUUACCCAAGAAGGUAUAAAAGAGAUUAAAAGUAACCCUCAGGUAUACACUACCCAAGAGGGUAUAGAAGACAUUAAAAAUAAACCCUCAGGUAUACACAACCCAAGAUGGUCUAGACGAGAUUUAAAAUAACCCUCAGGUGUAUACCACCCAAUAGGGUAUAGAAGAGAUUAAAAGUAACCCUCAGGUAUACACUACCCAGGAGGGCAUAGAAAAGAUUAAAAGUAACCUUUAGUUUUACAUUACCAAAGAUAGUAUAGGAAAGAUUAAAAAUAACACUCAGGUGUACACUACCCAAGAGGGUAUAGAAGAAAUAAAAAGUAACCUCUAGGUAAACACUACCCAAGUGAGUAUAGAAGAGAUUUAAAAUUGACUUUCAGGUGUACACUAACCAAGAGGGUAAGGAAGAGAUUAAAAGUAGCCCUCAGGUAUACACUACCCAAGAGGGUAUAGAAGAGAUUAAUAGUAACCCUCAGGUAUAUACGACCCAAGAGGGUAUAGAAGAGAUUAAAAGUAACCAUCAGGUAUACACUACCCAAGAGAGUGUAGAACAGAUAAAAGUAACCUUAAGGUAUACACUACCCAGGAGAGUAUAGAAGUCAUUAAUAGUAACCCUCAGGUAUACACCACCCAAUAGGGUAUAGAAGAGAUUAAAAGUAACCCUCAGGUAUAUACUACCCAGGAGGGUUUAUAAGAGAUUAAAAGUAACCCUUAGUUAUACAUUACCAUAGAUGGUAUAGAAAAGGUUAAAAGUAACCCUCAGGUACAUACAACCCAAGAGGGUAUAGAAGAGAUUAAAAGUAACUUAAAGGUAUACACUACCCAAGAGGUUAUAGAAGAGAUUAAAAGAAACCCUCAGGUAUACACUACCCAAGGGGGUAUAGAAGAGAUUUAAAAUUAACCCUUGGGUGUACACUCACCAAGAGGGUAUAGAAGAGAUUAAAGGUAACCCUCAGGUAUAGAACACCUAAGAUAGUAUAGAAGAGAUUAAUGAUUAACCAUAUUAAUGAUUAUACAUUACCCAAGAAGGUAUAGAAGAGAUUAAAAGAAACCCUCAGGCAUACAUUACCCAAGAGGGUAUAGAAGGGAGUAAAAGUAACCCUCAGGUAUACACUCACCAAUAAUGUAUAGAAGAGAUCAAAAAUUAACCCUCGGGUGCACACGACCCAGGAGGGUAUAGAAGAUAUUAAGAAUAACUACUAGAUGAACACUACCCAACAGAAUAAAGAAGAGAUUAAAACAACCCUCAGAUAUAAACUACCCAGGAUGGUAUAGAAAAGAUUAAAAAUAACGCUCAGGUGUACACUACCCAAGAGGGUUUGGAAGAGAUUAAAAGUAACCCUCAGGUAUAUACUACCUAAGAAGGUAUAGAAGAGAUUAAAAAUUAACCCUCUGGUGUACACUAACCAAGAGGGCAUGAAGAAUUGAAUUCACACUAAUCUAUAUCAGGAGACCACACUUUGUCUAGACUCUUUCUUUCCACCGAAAGUUGAGGCAUCCACCGUUAACUUACAUAAUUAUUAUUCUUUACAAGUUCCCGAAUGGCGUUGUCAAGCUCGGCUACUCUUAACUAACAUCUUUGCAAUUCCUAAUGAUAAUUCGACUGGAGGCAUUUUCCGCCUAAAGUGUACGGUCGAGAGCGAUUUGAUUUACUGCACCAACAACAGGAUUAUAAUUUGAGACCUCACGAAUCCAUCUGCUGGAAAUUUUCGCUGUCUAAUUAGUCCGGCACAGAGAACAAAUGAACGUACAACUUACGUGUUGUUUGGUUACCUGGCGUUGAACUAAUAGCCUUUGUUGGCGCGCUUGAGACCUGCUGGCGGGACAGAACGUAUCGCAGUCAUCGGGGAACCGACGCAACAAUUCGUUCUUUGCCAAACCAUUCGGCCUGAUUUCACAUUAACUUUUCGUUGGCACACACCAGUGCUUUUUGGGGUUGAGAUUGGAUCCCAUAACUCUAGAAAGCUCAGCCGAUCGAUCGAAGACUUCGGCCUCCAUAAUGAGAUCGCGCCAAGUGUUUCAAAUCCAAGAUUUAUUGUGUUAUCUUAAUUGAAAUUCGCGCUUAGGUGAAGUAAUAAUUAUAAGGUGAACCUUUAACUUAUAAUCAUCAGGUUUAAGAAACCGCAUAGACACCUACCGACUGCGAGCGUUAAUGUAAUUCUCUAAACCGAUGACAAAAAUAUGGCGCCUCCGUAGAAUGCAGGCUGCGAAUCUUUUCCAGUGCCAAAGCUUCUCAUGUCACGCAACCGCAGCCAGUCCCAAAAAGACGAUAGUAAAUCUGGGAACCGUGGUGGUCCAUACCUUCACAAAGAUUCACGCUCUGCGAGAAACAAGAAGUGCAACUCGUGUGGCAAACUAAACCAUUUUGCCCGCGUUUACAGAACAAAUCCACAUGAGUCAGCAAAACAUGUCACGCACGAAGACCCUGAAGAUGACGGAUACGUCUAUACGACAGGCCGUGACAAACAACCAACUUGCAGAGUCAAAAUCAAUGGAAAUCAAGUGGAAUGAUGGUCGAUUCCGGCGCACCGGUCGAUCUUAUGGACGAAAGCACCUUCAGGGAAUUAUACGAAAGGAAGGUACCAUAAGCCACUAAGCUCAGAAUUUUCUCCUGCGAAUGAUCGGCACCUUUACCUGUGCUGAGAAUUAUUAAGGCCGAAAUAUUCGCUAACGCCAACAACGCACGGACGACCCUGCAUAUUAUCAAAGGUGCUUUAGGAAACCUCCUGGGUUUAACACUGCUACAAACUUGACGCACUCAAGAUCGUCAACCAAUUCAAACCUGACGAGACCGGUUCCAAGUCCCCUUUGAACAGAGAUUCCGAAAGCUUGUUUAGUGGAAUCGGCAAAGUAGAAGGAAAAGUUAUCAAGCCUCACAUAGACUCUGACAUCGAGCCCAAGCAAUAGCCGCACCGCCGAAUUCCCCUCUAUGUCAGAAAGGAUGUCGAGAUGGAGAUGAAGCGAUUAGAAGAACAAGACAUCAUUGAGACCGUGACAGACCCAACGCUCUGGGUGAGCCCUUUUGUCACAGUUCCCAAGAGCUCUGGCCAAGUGAGAAUAUGCGUAGACAUACGAGAGACGAACAAGGUUGUGAAGCGAGAAAAAUACCUGAUGUCAACCAUCGACGAUCUGGUUGCUGACCUCAACGGGGCGACAGUUAUCAGCAUGUAAGACCUUCCGUCUGGGUACCACAAACUUGAGCUGGCACCAGAGAGCCGCUACAGCACACACGUCGGACUCCGAAGAUACAAACACCUUUUGUUUGGAAUUGACAUAGCAUCCGAUUUCUUCCAGACCGCAAUCGAGGAAAUACUCACGGGCCUCCCUGGAUACAAGAAUAUCUCCAACGAUAUUAUCGUUUAAGGAAAAACUCAGAAGAAACAUGAUGAGAACCCCCGUGGCGUACUGGAACGGCUCCAGCAACAUGGCGUGCGCCUGAACAACGAGAAAUGCGCCUUCUGAAGGAGUGAGAUCAAGUUCUAUGGACAGAUUUUCUGCGAUAACGGAGUCGAGACCCAGCAAACCAGAAAGUGUCAGCGAGGUGAAGUCUCUAUUGGGGAUGGCUCAGUACGUGUCCCGUUACAUCCCAGAUUACUUUACGAUAACUGUUUCUCCACGGCUGGUAACCAUGAAAGACGCGCCAUGGCAGUGGACCGACCAGCAGCAACGAACAUUCGACAAGUUAAAAGACAGUCUAACCAAGAAUCACGUGAUGUCAUACUUCGGUCCAAGACUCAAGACUGAAGUGAUAGUCGACGCGAGCACCGUCGGACUUGAAGGAUUGUUGGUGCAGGAUGGUAAAGUUAUCAGUUACGCAAGCUGAGCACUCAGUGACAUUGAGAGCAGAUAUUCCCAAACCGAGAGGGAAACGCUGAGAGUAGUCUGGGCAGUCGAGCACUCUCAUCUUUACCUGUAUGGAUCAGAGUUCAUCAUUGCCACAGACCAGAAGCCACUCCUGGGAAUCUUUAACGGUCACAAGCCAACGUUAGCACGGAUCGACAGAUGGAAGCUGAGGCUAAUGCCCUACAACUGUCAGCUUAUCUACCGACUUGGCAAAGACGCCGAGAAUCCAGCCGAUUUUAUGAGCAGUACCACAUCCAAGUACGCGCAAUAUUGCAGAAGACUACGUGAACUAUGUAUGCAAUCAGGCUAUGCCAAAAGCAGGAAGCUGCAAGAAUACCAAGUGAGAGACGGAGAAGGACAUUUCGUUCCAGGCACUCAUCAAGGCCAUUGGGACUAACCAGUGAACACAUCCCGAAGCACAAGAGACAGAAAGACGAUAUGUUGGUCUACCAAGGAAUUUUACUGAGGGGAAACUGGAUCGUAGUCCCAAAAGCACUGAGAGACAGAGCCGUGGACCUAGCACAUGUUGAACACCAAGGAAUUGUGUAAACAAAACGCCUCAUCAGAGAAAAAGUUUGGUUUUCCGGUUUAGGCAACAUGGUUAAGGAGAAAGUCGACAGCUGUUUACCAUGCCAGACAGCCACUACUGGCAAGGCAGAACGACUCGAACCUCGAAAGAUGACAACGCCACCAAGCACUCUAUGGAAAGAACUCGGGAUGGAUUUUCUGGGACCACUUCCUUCUGGAGAGGACCUCAUUGUCGUCCUAGACGAAUACAGUCGAUUCCCAGAAGUUGAAAUUGUCAUAUCCACUUCUGCUAGAUCCACCAUCCCGAAGCUCAGUGCAAUUUUCGCUAUAUAAGGAAUUCCUGAAGUCUUAAAGAGCGACAAUGGACCCCGUUUCAAUGACUGGGAGUUCAAGAACUUUGCUGAGCAUCUGGGCUUUCAACACCGCAAAAUGACGGCUCUUUGGCCAAGAGCAAAUAGCGAAGCGGAAUGUUUCAUGACAACAGUAGAGCAAUGCAUGAGAGCCGCCACCGUUGAGCACAAGGGUAGGAAAUAAGAGCUCUACAAGUUUUUACGACAGUAUCGGGCGACACUCCACUCGAAUAGUGACUUCUCACCAUGCGAAGCACUUAACCACAGGAAGCUUAUCACUUUACCAGAAUUGACACCACCAACUCGCCAACGAUGCACUCCAGAAAGACAGAAGAACAUGACAGAUAGGGACGCUGAGCAGAAGAUGAAAGCGUACGCAGACCAAAAGUUAGGAGUUAGAGAGAGAAAGAUGAAGCUCGUGGUUGAAGGAAAAAAACUGAUUCAUGAUUACGGCAAGUGACUGUCACGUGGGACUCAUUCAUGUUCAAAGAGUGGGCCGAUGAAGAUUCAACAGCAGCGCCCCAAACACCAGAUUUUUCGGAAGUGGACAAGUUAACGAGUUCUCCAAGCCCCACUUUAGCCUUGUGGCGAUCUCAAAGGAAAACAAGGCCUCCUGAAAAACUGAUGGACUGUGUUCUACUUGUGCGAUAGAAUUAGACACUCGAAACAUGCAAUUGAACUUUGUGACGAUGUAACAUGUUUUAGUUUAUCGUUUUUAGUUAUUUGAGAUAAGCUGCUAAAGUCAAUCUUUAGAUAUUAAUGUAUCUAGGUCUAUACUGAUCAAGAAGGGAAGAGAUGUAGUGUUUUCGAAAACUGUCGAUCACAGUGUUCGGAAUGUCUCCGCGGUCAAAAAAGGAGUCUUCUGUGGUCGGAUUUUAUAUGUAUGUUGAUUAAAUAUCGUUGCGUUCAGGUCAGAAGUUUCAUUGUUUAUUUAAGCGUAAACACCAAAGGUUAUUGGACAGUCUUUGAAUUGUCUAAUAUUAAUGUGCAGUCAGCUAAUUUCUAUAAGUAAUUCUAGCCAAGGUUUCACGCCUCUCGGUGGCAUGAGUCGUUCGCUAAACACUCCAGGACAUCCAAUAAUGGCUACAAAAAGGUUAUUAAAGCUCCCCUCGACUGAAAUGAAAAAACCGCAACUUCCGAUAAUUACAUUUCUAAUCAUUUUCCAGAUACAACACUACUUUGUUCGCACAUUGUCCACAAACAAUAGUCCAGAGAAAUACCUCAAAGAAACUUAACGGGACUAAUUCGCAAUAACCCAAGGGUAGCCUACGUGUGGCCGAGCUACUCUUCUUGGUCGAAAGAACCGCAGUAAGAAAAGACUAGUUAUAAUUUAAUAACUUCGCAGCACCGUUUUUAGAGACCGAAAGUUGACUGACUACAAGUAGGCUAUGAAGGUCGCAGCAACUCGAGAAGUAACUUGUCAGUCUCAACUGGACAAUUUGUUUUGAUAACCUGAUAGUUCUACCCGUGUGUGUUUACGUUUCAUUGGCUGGUUCAACCUUAUCAUGAGGGCAGCAUCAUCGCAGACGAAUCACUGGAAAAUAAUUUUGGAAAACUGAGUAGAAGUGAUGGAAUAGUUGAAGAGCGGUUUAAUUCCCCCCUUCCCCCUUCUUGGCAGUUAAUUGGAAGUAAAUUUUCUAAAUUUACCCCUUGGAUGAAUCAAAGUGAUGAAGAAACCUUUGGUACUUUAUAUUUGUUAUCUUGUGAUUCACUGCGUUACAGGUAAGCCAAACAGUUCUUCGCGUAGGAGUUAAUAAGCUUUUGAACGUGAUUUAAUGUCGGCCAAUUAACAAUCCCACCGCGGUGUCUAAAACGAUCGUCGGUCAGAAACCUGAAGAACAGAUGAAGAAUGUUUUAUUUUAAAUAUUUUUCAAACCACGUUUUAUCAAUAAGCAGUUCAAAAAUCUUACGCAAAGUGCUCGAACGACAUUUAAGAUUGGUGAUGUCUUUUUCUGGACGAAAUGUUACAAUAAAUGCGAACUUCGGAUCAUCAGUGUAUAUCACACUUACGAGGAAUUGCGAAGCGGAGGUCGACCGUUGAGAAGUGAAACUGAUAGAAUAAUAUGCAGGGGAAAUAUUUUCACUCAGGACAGUUGAAGACGUGACGCGCCUUUCCAGACAAUGUUCAAACUAUUUUAAUAUGGGAUGAAUUAUUUAUGUUUCUGUGCCAUAUUUUCUAUUUUAACUUUACAGUUGCUACUAAACAGAGUGUGCGAACUUAGAUUAUAGUGAAAUCCUUAUGCGAGUCUUGUGAGUCUUGGUUUGUCACGUGCUUCAAAACCACACAUUUAUUUUUACCCUUUGAGGGUAGUGUCCUUGACCGUUAUAAUAGGGCUUAAUACUCGUACGAUAAUCGUCAUCGCUAGUCGUGUUUGGGUUUGUCCUUUGCCUUGUUUAGAGUCCUCAACGUGGAUUUUUGUUUAGGUUUUAGUUCUGUCUUGUUUUCGAAGAUUGAUCGUUGUUAAGUACUUUGUUGUUCUUUCGAAUGUCUUGUGAGAUUGUUUUGGUUAGCACUCGCAAAAUAUGUUUAUAUUUACUUUGCCAAGGUCAGUUGUCCCUGAUCCCAAACAUGCCUACUGACGAGGUAGUUAAGAGCGCGUACUUGGGGCUAUAUUAGUAGAAGUAAGACAAAGUCUCAGGAAGUGAAAUAAAGUUCCUCAAUAGACUCCUGGGGCCUCCCGCUUGAUAGAGUUGCUCAAGCUAGUUAACCCAAACAGUUCAACACAAUAUAUUUUAGAAGAGGUCAUUGCUUAUCGUGAUGGUACGUAAUGAUAAACUGUUUAAUCGUUCGUCUCACGGUGUAGUCACUUGAGAUGUAGAUCGCGACCUUUCGACAGUGUACUACUAGUUUUCAUCAGGCAAUGGGGUCGACUGCUCACGCGUUACCAUUUGUAUCACGGUGAUCUAAUGCGAUUGGUGGAUUUCGAUCGUCAUUGCUCCAGUGAGUUCUGGUUUUCCGAGAGGUCUGACUUCAAUUUGUUCCUUCGGUGGUCUGCUAUCGUACCGGUCUCUCGUUGAGUUUCUUGAUCAUUGGUAUCCACGCUUCAGGAAUUUCGAUUCUGUUAUUCCUGUUGAUGUUAUCAGGGUGAAGUCUUAUGUGGAUAGCUUCCUUGACACUUCUGGUGUGCCAGUGUCUCUCGAUAGAUAAACUUUACUUUGUUCCAAAGAGGAUGGUGGUCGGUCUUGUUGGCGUGCUCUGACUAAACGGCGGAGAUCUGAGCACUGGCUAAACAUACACCCUUUCGUCUUCCUUCAUGCUCUCUUACAUUAGUGACUAGUUAUGGGCAGAGAGUUCGAGGCUCUAAUGACGCAGCAGUGUCAAGUUCUUUCGCUUGCCCUACCACUAACAUAUGAGGUAGUUAAAGACCAUUCAUUGUCGUCGAAAGAGGUCAGAUCGAAUUCUUACGUGAGAUGCACUUCGCCAGUUUGUUUGGCAUCGGUGAAAGUACGUUACGUCGAAGAAAAUGGGAAUGUGAAGAUGGGAAUUAAAAUAAUGACAACGAAAACUGGACGGCAUUGAAGCCUCGAGCUCUCUGCUCAUAACUUGUCAUUACACAAGAAACAAAGCGUACUUUUGUCUAAACAGCUUCCAUUUAAUUGUCUUGAAAUCGUAGAGACAGCGUCAUCAGUUUACCACACACUGUGUUGUGGGAACUGUAAAGUUAAAUUUGUCUAUUUCAGAUGCAAGUUAGCUUCUUCGAAGUACUCAAGGGGCACAUCUUGUGCGUUCAUAUUCUGAAUACCAAUUAAGAGUGUACUAGGAGACUCUACGAAGUUGUAAAGGCCAAUUUCGUUGCUAUCUCUUGAAGAUUCAUCGGCCAUUUUGUUUUUGAAAUCGGUUAGAAAGUGAACCACGGUAAUGUGAUCAGGUGCUACAUACUAAUUAGAACUGUGACUGAAACUGCUCGGAAAGCGAAAAAAUCAAUAUAAAAAUAUGAACGCAUAUAAACAAAAGAGAACAAAAAAAAUACAUUGGCUUAACAUUUAUAUAUAUAAAUGAUAGGAACAUAAAUAAAAAAAGUAUAAAAGCCAAAUACAAAACACAGAAAGGAAAUAGAAAAUAUGGCUCACAAAUAUAAAUAGUGCAUCAAAUUAAGAUAGUUUGAAUAAAUGGACGCGCCAUUAAAUGCUCAACAUUAACGCUUGUAUCCAAAGAAAUGUGGAAGCUAUUUGACAGGGUUCGUAACGAGAACAUAAAUAUGAAUUUUUCUAAUCAUUUUUUUUAAAUUAAAAUGCAUCCGUUUCUCAGAAACUGAUCCACAUUAGUAAUAUCCUUUCUGAGAAAAAGCGGAACUGAAACUAUGAUUUAAGAGGUUAAAUAUAUCACAGGUAAUGUAAUGACGGGUCACGGUAACCUCGUUGCAGUUGAGCUGAUAUACGGAGCGAUUUGUAACGCGAAAAUGCGUUAAUUUGGAAAUUUGAGGAUUUGGCGGAUCCACAACUGAAAAGAAGGCGUGACUGUAGACUGUAGACUGUGGACUGUAGACUAACUGCAGGGUCAUGCUUUGGAAAUCAGCUACGAAAUAAAUUUCAUUAUCCGUAACCAUACUAUAAUAGGCUUUUACCGCAAAAAAUUUGAUAUCAUUGAUAUAUACCGUAAUGUCUUUUAAUGAGAGGUGAAAGAGUAGUUUCAAGACUUCACAUCUGAAGGUUGCUUCUUGACGGAGUGUCUGUUAUCUGCACGACACAGUGCUAUUCAACUUAUGUAGUAUGUUAUGGCCAGCCACUGAACUUUCUGUGAAAGGUGUGCAAUCCCUAAAAAACAGAAAAAAAAUAGUACGAUACCCGCAAGGCCUUAUAUUAAUAAAUUUUCUUUGAGAGUGAAACUAACCGAUAUCAUGAUAGAUUCUCUAGAAUCAAAAGAACAUAUUUUCAGUGAUAGGCCAAGCUUCAUUGAACCUGAUAAGUCCUUUAUCACUUCUUAAACGUUAAUCAAAGACCAGCUAUUAUUUAUCACCAAGGAUGGGCGGGGGAGAGGGAGAGGAAUUUUCUCUUUCUUUUUUGAGGGGGUGGGUUGGGUCACAACGUUUUCGGUGGGAACGGAAGAGAGAUCAGUCAGGGCCAACAGAGUUUAAAGGGAGUACUAUAAGAAAUUGACUGCCAGUGAGGGGGGAUAAUCAAAAUACUAUGGAGUCUUACGGGAGGGAUCAGGUAACUUCUAUCGUGACACAGCAAAACUUCUCUGCCCCCCCCCCCCGACCCCUCGUCGUCCACGUUCAAUAAUGACUUUUUCCUUAUCAUGUCCAUUCCAGUGUCCAUUCAUGCAACAGUUUAUCCAGUUAUGAUCUCUGCUCCAAACAAGCCAACGGAAGCCGUCACUGGCGAGACUGUGUCAUUUAAGUGGCACUACAAUUCAGGAGAUCUAAAGAAUGAUCUUUUCGAAAUUGUGUUUGGCAUCUGGAAGAGUCCUGGCUUCCUGAAAACAAAGUUGAUAGCUGUCAACUCGAGUGGUUUUGCAUCAACAAGGUCCUCAUAUAAGUCAUCUGUGGGUUGGGUAGGAAAUUUGACAUCCUCUACCGCAGUGUUUGAACUUUACAAUGUAAAACUUGAAGAUGGCAAGACGUAUGGAAUAGUGGUAGAAUACGGACUUCAGAAUACCCCGUUGACCGACUCGAUCCAGCUUCAAGUUAAGUCCAGACGUAAGUAGUAUCAUUCAUAGCAUAGAAAAGAUUAUGUUCCAUUCCUGAUCUACUGAGAAUUGAGGCCACCGCUGCGCAAUAGGGGCGAGAAAAUAUUUUUUAUCAUACUGUUCUUAACACCUUUAAACUUCUUCACUCGACCGAUUGUAUUUCCGAAGUUUUAACACUGCCAGAUAUGAAAGUUGAUUUCGCAUAAAUUAUUAGCCACAGGUUCACCAGAAACCACUACUCCACAACAGACAAGUGUCACAACAGCCGCGAGAGCUACAAAUACAGGGUCUCGAGAUACGUCGAAAGGUAAUGUUCGUGUCCUGUUGGUUUGCCCAUCCAAAGUUACAGUACUUUUGCACCAGUAAACCUGUAGGUAAAUUACACAAGCAUUGCAGAUGAAACUUCUUUCCUUAAAUAGCUUUUUCUCUUCUUAAUAAUAUAUUACCCAUCGCUACAAACCUACCAAUUCCUUUUCAGGACCAGAAGCCUGAGUUAAGUCUGCAAGUGAUUUCACAUGUUACAAGUUCAAACAUUUCAUCAGAUACCAUCCAACAUGUCAGAAUACUUUCAUUCCAAUAAAUUAACCUCCAAACGGACCUUCAUACUCAUUUAGCCAUCUAUCCUUUUACAUUAUCUGCUUACCCAGCUACUAAAGUUUAAUCAACACAGUUUCUGUUGUUGUUGUUUUAUUUCUGUUCUAGAGCCCGACGUUUCAGUGCCAAGAAAACCAUCAGAAGAAUCCUCCUUUAAAUGGGCGGUGGCAUUUGGAAUCAUCGCUUGUGUUGUGAUAACACUCACUGCAGGCCUUUACUUUCACCAUCAUAAAAAGAGCCCUAAACAUGGCGCAUAUAAUCCUAUCUUCACUUAA